AAAAAAAGGGGGGUUGAAAUUGUUUUGUGGUAUAAAGUCGACGCUAAAAUUCAGACAUUAAACCUCGACGAGUACCUCAGUGUGAGCGUUCUGCCAUACUCCUGCGUUCAAUCGACUUCACCAUCUUCUUCUUCUUCUGCUGUCUCCCCCAUAGAUGGAUUGGCAAGGGCAAAAGCUAGCGGAGCAACUGAUGCAGAUAAUGCUGCUUGCAUUUGCUGUGAUUGCAUUUGUUGGUGGAUAUGUCAUGGCUUCUUUCCAAAUGAUGAUUCUCAUAUAUGCUGGGGGUGUGGUUUUCACCACCUUGCUCACUGUCCCCAAUUGGCCCCUUUUCAAUCGCCAUCCACUUACGUGGUUGGAUCCAACUGAGGUGGAAAAGCAUCCCAAGCCACAACCAUCUGUCAAUGUAACUCAAAAGAAGAAACCCGUUAAGAAGUAGGUUUUUUUUAUUAUAAACCUUUUUUGGGGGAUGAUAUAUCUUUGAAGUACUUGAUGCUUUGACAGUAAUUUGCAGUUCUUAACCUCUUCCCCCUUCAGUGGAUAUUACAGUGUACAACAAUUUAUUUGCUUUCUUUUAGACAUUACUUAUAGUUGUGUAGUUUUGUUGGUUUGGUUAGCUAUUUUCCUUCUUUUUUA